AUGAGCAGAAUUAUUAAAAACUUAGGAAUAAAUAUCUUAAAAGGUCAUCCAAACUCUCUCGCAAAUAGUAUCACAAUACUAGAGCUAGAGAAUUGUCAUAAAUGUAAUGAAGAAAUUUUGUUAAAUCCAUCUAAAACAUUUAUUACACUCAUGUAUAGUCAUAUACUCCAUUAUAACUGUUUUAAAAAAAGUAAUAAAGAUAAGCAAAAAACUUGUCCUAUUUGUUUCGUAGAUAAUGAAGGAAUGACAUUAGCUGAAGUUCAGGACAUAAAUAUAUCAGAAGCAGUAAAAGAUGAAGAACCUGAUAAAGUACAAGGUUUAAUAAAAGAACUAUCUAUGCUAAGUGAGCCAAUUAAUGAUAAUGAUAAAGGAAAUAAGAGCAAAAAAUCAAAACCAAUAACUUUACUCCAGUUAUACUAUAAUGCAAACUGGGCAAAAAACCAUUAUCUGUUUGCUAAAAAAUUUGAAGAAAGAGUUAAAGAAAUAAAAAAUGAUAACAGUAGGUACAAUGAUCAACAAGCUAGAGGGUUAGUAUAUGAUGAAGUCGCAACCAAACUUCUGGGAUUUACAAGAGAUACCUUUUGGGAGAGUACGGACCAGCCUUCUCUCAAGAAAUUUUUAGAUUUUCAGCUUUCAGCUGGCGACAUAGAAGAUUCAAGAGUUGAAUACAAUCGUUACAAGAAAGAAUUAGACAAAAUCAGCAAAUUUUAUGCUGAAGCAUCUAAGUCUGGGCAGGAAGGGAAAGACUGCUUGUCUGUUGAUGAGCUUGCUCCACUAACUGCCUUGAGACUCAUCAUAUCAUUAAGUACACCAACUACUCUACAAUCUUGCGUGCUUGUAGUAGGAAUGACUGCUUGUCUGUUGGACAAAUUAUCAAAUGAAGUUCAGAACCAGUUGGUUGAAGAUAAGAUCAAUUUUCGAAAAGAAAAAGCCAAUGCGAAGGUUCAAAAGUUGCAGACAAACCAGUACAUAACCGUUGCCACAGUAGUGACAGAACAAAUUCAACAAUAUGCCAAAUCAACCACCACCAGCAUAAUGAAGAGGUUUUUUGAUAAUGACAACAAAAGAACAGCAAAAUGUAUCAGGACAAAUAAGGAUAGUGAAGAUGAUGAUGGUACUGAAAACAGUCCUUUUUUGGAAUCAGUUGAGAAUUUAUCUUCUGUCUCUCUUAAAAACCAAUUUUUUCUCGACAAUGAUCCUUUUCCGAUGUCAGGCAAAAAAUUAUUCAAUAAUGACAAGGAUAUAAUAGAUGAAUUCUUUUCUGGUCCAUCUACGCAAGUUUCACAUGAUCUAGUAAUGACAGAAUACCCACAGCAAACAUUGCCAUGCAUCCUUAAAUCUGGUGAUAAUUUCACUGAUGUGUGGAAUAACGAAUUCACAAGUAAAAGAAGCAUGAUCUCACAUCCCUCAACUACAGAGGCCAUGUGGAGUAUAAUAAUGAGCUUUAUAACAGGGAAAGUGAUACAGAGUGGAUAUGUAGAAUAUACAUGGGGAGAGGUCAAGUUAGAUUUGACAGCAUUAAGAAAAGAUAGUGGGUGUGAUAUUUUCUCUCUUCCAAGAGUUGCAACAGGGCACAAAGGAGAUGAAUUGGGAUUAUCAAAUGAUGGGCGUAAAUGCUUUGUUAUGGAAAUAUCUUAUGCUCUGCAAGAUCAAGAUAGAUGGAAGACAGCUGAAGAUCUUUAUAAAUUGCUUCGAGAAAUGAGAGAUAUGCUUCAUAUAUCUAAGAAAGAAAAAUGUGAAUUAGGUUACAAGAUACCAAAAGAGGCUCGAAAAAUCGGGUCUAUAAAGAUUUCCAACAAUGAUAUCACAAAACUUGUCUUUGUUCUGCAGAUGAUGUGGGCAUUUAAAGAAAGGGUUGCCUCAGCGAAUGAAGUAUGGAACAACUUAGAAAGUCGAUAUGAAAAUUAUACAAUGCUAGAAUCAUCUGAUGAUGGAAAUAACUUCACAAAAAUAACCCCAAAGAAACAAUCAAAACGUACUGAUCAAUGA